AGAAGAGAAGAUGACGGCGGCCCGCAUCAGGAAGUGCCACAAAUGCGCCACCGGCUUGAUCAAAUCGGAAGGCUGCAACCGCAUGUCGUGUCGUUGCGGGGCCCAGAUGUGCUACCUCUGCCGAGCUGCCAUUAACGGGUACGACCACUUCUGCCAGCACCCUCGUUCCCCGGGAGCCCCGUGUCAAGACUGUGCCAGGUGUUCCCUUUGGACGGACCCCACGGAGGACGACGAGAAGAUCAUCCAGGAAAUUCAGAAGGAAGCAGAAGAAGAACAAAAGAGGAAGAACGGAGAAAACAGUUUUAAGCGGAUCGGCCCUCCGGCAGAAAAACCCGCGGAGAAGAUCCCACGGAUCGAAGCCAUCCCCAGGCCGGUUCCCCAGAACUUCCACCACCACCACCACCACCACCAAAUGCGCCCCUACCCGUUCGGUCACCCCCCUUUCCCCCUGGCCCCCGUGCACCCCCUGUACAACAACCUGGGGCCCAUCAACUUGGGGCCCAUCCCGGCCCCUUACGUCCCCCCACUCCCCAACAUGAGAGUGAACUACGACUUCCCCCCAAUGAACCUGCAGUUGGAGCCCAACCUCCCUAUGCACUUUGGGCCUCAGCCUCGGCAUCGGUUCUGAUCCCGCUUUCGGGAUAGGCGCCGUUCCUUCCGGAACUUUGCUGCAGGGAAAGUCCACACACACUGGUUGUCGACGGUCGCGCCCGUCCGCCCGCUUCCACGAAACUACAAUGUCCAUCUGGGCUCCUGUUCCUUCCCGCCUCCUGUCUCUCUCAGUUCAGAGGUCCGUUUCCCCCCUCCCUCCCUGCCCUCCGCUAGGUGCAGGGGAGCCCUAGAUUGCAAUAAGGGUUUAUCCCGGCACUGUUUUAAUUUUUUCUCCAGGUGCUCACGCUAUUCGAGAAGAGGGGCUUCCGCAGGUGGGAGGACGGGGACAACAUUAUGGCCCAAAUGCGUUCUAGGUCAACCAAAUUUGUCCUGGUCAACUUCUUCCAUUAGCUGUAGGGCCUCCCAAUAUCUGAACCCCCAAAAGAGGUUGAAGGUAGCAGGGGGACUCUUUGGAAUAUUUGAAACACUCAAGUGGCGGUCCUUAAUUCUCAGAAAACCAGGCGUGGCGGGUGCAUGUGUGUGUGGUUUUCUUUUUUUCUUUUUGGCUUAGAUCUUCCACCGCUUCCUCCUCCUGCUAGGAAAAGCAGGGGACAGAUUCCGGGGUCUCCUAAAGCGAGCUGGGAGAGACCCCUCGGGAAUUUGACGCACCUCGAUUGCAGCUCAAAGGGGGGAGCUUUGAAAAGAUGAACCGGAUCGGUCUUGAAAUUAAAUUGGCGGUUGUGGCCAUCGCCGUGGCCGGCUGCCGCUUUUCGGUUAUUCGUGUCUGGAGUUGGAGCCCCGAUUUGGCUGUUGACGCUGCAGCCUCGUGGAGGUUUCCUCCGUUGUGCGUGGAACGAAGGGAUGUAGGGCUGCCCUACAAAAGGGGCCAGAAAUAUUGGGGGUUCUGGGGAGAGACAGGGGCGCAGUUGGGCUGGGCCUCCUCCGCUUUUCCUCUUGCGUUGGGGUGAAUGCUCGGGUUGCUCCCCACAGCUGGGACAAGUGCCCUUGGGCCCCCUCCACCCCCUUACCUGUGGGAGCACAUGGCUCUAAGCUCCCUUAUGCAUCCUCCAUCUCUUGAAACCCAGGUGCGAACAGGUAGCCCAGAAGCUAGAUCUGUGGUCUCAACGUUUAGGUCUUGGGUUCUUCCACAGAACCGUUUAAGGGCUGACUUCAGUUUCUCAACCUGAGCAGCUUUAAGAGGAGUGGACUUCAACUCCCAGAGUUCCUCAGCAAGCUGUGGGAAUUGGAAUCCACCCAUCUUAAAGCCCAGCGUUCCCAGCCAUCUUAAAACCGCCCAGGCAGGGGUGAAACGCUCUGCAGUCUGCGACCGCUUCGCUUCGCUACCGGUUCGCUUCGUGGGAGUGCGCACCGCCGGCACUACCGCGCAGCGCUGAAAAAGGAUUUAAGAACCCUUUUCAGAGUCUGCAAAGGUAAGUAGAGCAGCGAGGGAGAACAGCCGUAACGCACGAUUUAGAUUUGCUAGAAAGCAGUCUUU